GUAGCGGAGGAGGAGAGCUUGGCGCUGACACCGGCGCAGGAGCUACGAAAGCGAGUGCGACUUCAGCUUUCUGACACCCUUUGCCUCCCUGGCUCUUCUCUUGUCCGCUUUGAGCGUUUCUGCAGCCUGUGAUCCCCUCCCUUGGCUGGCGGCUGCAGAAUACAAUGGAACAUAUGGAAGGUUCUGAUCAAAAUAUAAAUAUAAAGGAAGAAUCACUUCCAAGUGAAGUGGAAGGUAGAAGUGUAAUUCAUCAUGUUACUGAAGAAGAACAAGGACAACUACUUUUUCAUGAAGAAACCAUUGAUCUUGGUGGUGAUGAAUUUGGGUCUGAAGAGAAUGAAACUAUCUCAGAGGAUUCAAAUAAUUUCAUAGAUAAGCUUAAUGAACACAUGAUGGAAAGUGUGAUUAUUUCUGAUUCUCCCAACAACAGUGAAGAUGAUACAGGUGAACUUGGUUGCUUGCAGGACAUUGUGGAGACUGCAGAAGACAAAAGUGAUCAUAGUUUGGAACAAGUACUAGAUAAAGAAGAGAUUGUAACACUGAGUAAUGAGAGUGAAACUGAUCAUGAUGAUACACCUAAAGACAUUUCUGACAUGACAAGUGACAGCAGAACAUCUUUGAAAGAAGAACUGACUCAAGAAGAAACAAAAGAUGAGUCCAUGUUUGAAAAUGAAGGGACAGUUCAAUCAGUUCCAAGUGAUAACAAAACUAAUCCACAGGAACAGAUGUCAGAAAUCUCUUCUAAUCAGUCGUCUAAAGAUGUUCCUAUUCCUGUGUGUACUAUUUUCAGCCAAUCAAAUCAAGUUAAUUCUCAGCCUCAGUUGUUCCUUCAUGAUGGAUUUGAACCUCAGAUGGUGAAAUCUCCCAGUUUUAGCAGUGCAAGUGAAACGUCCGCCAAAACCCCACCACAGGUGGUUCAGCCAAGCCCUAGCCUAAGCAAGUUUUUUGGAGAUACUGUUAAUACUAAUUCCUUGGCUUCUGAUUUUUUUGAUUCAUUUACUACUUCCACUUUUAUUUCUGUCAGUAAUCCUAAUGCAGGCACUUCAGUGCCUGAAAAACUAUCUUCACUCUCUACCCCAGUGGGAGAGAGUUCUCCUGAUUCUGCUGAUCCUUCAUACUCCAUGGGGAUUGAAAGAUCAGAAUCUGGUGUUUCCACAGCAUCUCUAGAAACUUCUCAAUCUCCAAAGCCAUUCUCACAGAUCCAGGCUGUGUUUGCAGGGAGUGAUGACCCCUUUGCCACAGCUUUGAACAUGAGUGAAAUAGAUCGAAGAAAUGAUGCCUGGCUUCCCAGUGAGGAAACAAGAAAUGUUUUAAUUUCUGUAGCAACUCAACAGUAUAGCACAGUAUUCAUAGACAAAGAAAAUCUCACCAUGCCAGGCUUAAAAUUUGAUAAUAUUCAGGGAGAUGCAGUCAAAGAUUUGAUGCUUCGUUUCCUCGGUGAACAAGCUGCAGCAAAGAGACAAGUUUUGAAUGCAAACUCAGUGGAACAAUCUUUUGUUGGAUUGAAACAGCUAAUUAAUAGCAAAAACUGGAGGGCAGCAGUUGACCUGUGUGGACGACUUCUUACAGCCCAUGGUCAAGGCUAUGGCAAAAGUGGACUACCUACCAGUCAUACAACAGAUUCUCUGCAGCUCUGGUUCGUAAGACUGGCCCUGUUAGUGAAACUGAGCCUUUUUCAGAAUGCUGAAAUGGAGUUUGAGCCUUUUGGGAACCUGGACCAGCCUGAUCUUUAUUAUGAGUACUACCCUCAUGUGUAUCCUGGGCGAAGGGGCUCAAUGGUGCCUUUCUCAAUGAGGAUUUUACAUGCAGAGCUUCAGCAGUAUCUGGGAAACCCUCAAGAGUCACUUGAUAGACUGCACAACCUGAAAACCAUCUGUAGUAAGAUACUGAGAAAUUUGGAACAAGGCUUAGCUGAAGAUGGAAGCAUGAAUAACAUUACACAAGAAAAUAGGCAUGCCUCUGUUCAGCUGUGGAGGUCACGUCUGGGCCGGGUGAUGUACUCCAUGGCAAACUGUCUGCUAAUGAUGAAGGAUUAUGUACUUGCUGUAGAUACAUAUCAUUCAGUUAUCAAAUACUACCCAGAACAAGAGCCUCAGCUGUUGAGUGGAAUUGGAAGAAUUUUCCUUCAGGAAUGACCAGCAGGAUGAAUACAGAGAGGACUGGCGAGACUUACAUGAACUGAUGCUGAGUGAAAUGAGCAGAACCAGGAGAUCAUUAUAUACCUCAACAAUGAUACUGUUUGAGGAUAUAUUCUGAUGGAAGUGGAUCUCUUUGAGAAAGAGAGCUAAUUCAGUUUCAAUUGAUCAAAGAUGGGCAGAAGCAGCUACACCCAAAGAAAGAACACUGGGAGAUGAAUAUAAACUGCUUGCAUUUUUGUUUUUCCUCCCGGAUUAUUUAUACCUUCUGAACUCAAUUCUCCCUCUGCAACAAGAAAACUGUUCGGUUCUGCACACAUAUAUUGUAUCCAGGAUAUACUGUAACCUAUUCAACAUGUAAAGGAUUGUUUGCCAUCUGGGGGAGGGAGAGGGAGGGGAAAAAUCGGAACAGAAAUGAAUGCAAGGAAUAAUGCUGUAAAAAAUUACCCUGGCAUGAGUUCUAUCAAUAAAAAGUUAUUAAAAAAAAAAAGAAUGGUUGAAUAAAUUGUCAUAUAUGAAUAUUAUGGAAUAUUAUUGAUCUGUAAGAAAUGACCAGCAGGAUGAUUUCAGAAAGGCCUGGAAUGACUUACAUGAACUGAUGCUGAAUAAAAUGAGGAGGACUAGGAGAUCAUUAUAUACUUCAACAACAAUACUAUAUGAUGAUCAAUUUUGAUGAUCGUGGCCAUCUUCAACAAUGAGAUGAACCAAAUCAGUUCCAAUAGAGCAGUAAUGAAUUGAACCAGCUUCACCCAGCAAAGGAACUCUGGGAGAUGACUAAGAACCAUUACAUAGAAUUCCCAAUCCCUAUAUUUUUGUCCACCUGCAUUUUUUAUUUCUUUCACAGCUAAUUGUACACUAUUUCAAAGUCUGAUUCUUUUUGUACAGCAAAAUAACUGUAUGGACAUGUAUACAUAUAUUGUAUUUGACUUAUACUUUAACAUAUUUAACAUGUAUUAGUCAACCUGACAUCUGAGGGAGGGGGAGGAGGAAGGAGGGGAAAAGUUGGAACAAAAGGUUUUGCAACUGUCAAUGCUGAAAAAUUACCCAUGCUUAUAUCUUGUAAAUUAAAAGCUAUAUAAUAAUUUUUUUUAAAGUUAAAAAAAAAAAAGAAAUAUGAGAAAUAUUCAUGUUGGCCAUAAGAAUUAAAAGCCAUAUUAUUGACAUAUGCAAAAAAAAGUUUAUUUUAAAAAAACCAUGUUAUCGGCGAGAAUAAAACUUAUAACAAGAUAAAUGGGUCUAAAACUAUUUGGAUUCCCUAUUUUAAUUGUUUUCAAUUCCUCUAUGGUUUAGGUAGAUUUGUUGCAGGAAUCCUGGAGAAAACAAUAUCUAAUUGGAAUCUCUUCAGUUAGGAAAUGAGUCAGACUACAAAGCUAAUCCUAUGUGAUCCAAUUCAUUCUCAGUAUUUUAUGUGUGAUAUUAUUUGUUAUUUUCCCAAUUACAGUUUUACUCUCAGAAUUGGCAUUUACCAAAACAUAGAAGGAUUGACAAAAGGAAGUUCUUUGACUGCAUGUCAGAAUUCUCAACAUUAAAUAAACAUUUAUAAAACCAAUCCUUCACAAAGGUUUCCUGUUAUCAAAAACUAGAUAUUGGCUUUCUUCUACUUUGAUUCUUAAUUACUAUGUCAUCUCAUCAAUGUGGUUAAUUUUCCUGGCCAUCAGCAACUUCUUCUUUUCUAAGUAACCCUUAUCCAAAACUCUUGUUUGGCAUUUGAAACCCUUUCCAACUUAGUUCCAAUCUAAGAUCCUAGCCUUAUGACACAUUUUUCUUUUCAUGAAGUCUUUGGCCCAACCAAACUAGCCACUGUAAUAUUCUGGUUAGGUUUCUGGAGGUCUUGGUACUAGCCUUGGUUCAGCAGAAUAAUCACCAUAAGAAUAGUCAAGAAUAAAGUCCAAAGUCUUUAUUGUCUCCAUCAGUCUCCCAGUCUGCAUCAACAGUCUCAGGCAGUCAGCCAGUGGUGACAAAACAUAGCGUUGCUUUCUAGAGCUCCCACACUGGAUUAAAAUAUAAUGUCCAGACUACCUCUCUGGAGGAUCUCAGGACCAGCCCAAGUCCUUGGUCUUCUUGGAGUAGUGAAGGCAGGAGAACCACCACGAGGCUGGUCAAGUCUUCUCUGUCUAUCUCUGAGUCUGUCUUCCCUCCCAAAUCUAUUAGCUCUUAUAUACUCUUAUUAUAAGUACAUCAUCAUAGAUGUUAAUCUUUUAGAAUAGGUGCCAACUUGUAGAAAUAUACUAAGUACAUGUAAACUAGAGAGUCAUUAUCUCAAUUCCACUGAGUUAACACCUAUUGUAAGAUUACUUAUUUCAGGUACACUUUUCCCUCUACAAGCCUCCUUGCUGUUUCUCAAACAUGACAUUCUUAUCUCUUCUCUUUCUGUCUUUCUAUUGUUUUGUUUUCUUUUUUUUUCUUUCGCAAUUUGGGUUAAGGUUCUUGCCCAGGUUCACACAGGUAGGAAGUGUUAAGUGUCUGAAGUUGGAUUUGAGUUCAGGUCCUCCUGACUUCAGGGCUGGUGUGCUAUCCAUUGCACCACUUGGCUGCCCCCUCCAUGUCUUUCUAUAAAUUAUUUCUCAUGGCUGAAAUCUGCUCCCUUGUCAUUUCCACUUCUUAGAGUUGUUAGUUUCUUUCAAAACUUUCAAAUCUCCUAUAUAAAACCUUCAUUGUAAUCUUCACAAAUGUUAAUAAGGCUAAGAAGUACAGUGGAUAGAAGGCUGAACCUGGAUUUAGAAAAGUUGAAUCCAACCUCAUAUAUUUGCUGGCUAUCUUAAAUAUUGUCUGUUUCCUCUUCUGUCAAAUGGGAAUAAAAAUUGUUGUGAGGAUUAAAGUUAGAUAUUUGUAAAGCACUUUGCAAACUUCAAAGCUCUACAUACAUAUAUUUGAAUUAUCAUCAUGAGUACUGUAAUAUAAGAUGCCUAGAUAUCUCAUGAAAUGUUUUUUGUUGCCAUUUAAUACAACAAUAAAAUUCUGCCAGCUUCUUUAAUUAACUUCUCUUAAAGAAUCUGUGAACCAUUCUUUAAUUUACCUACAACUUUCUUUUACCUUCCGUUUUCUGUUAUGGAUAGAAUAUCAAGAUUGAUAUUCAACAAGAAUAUCAAGAUUUCAUUUCUUUAUGUCUAAUGAUUGGUCAGUUUCUUGGAGUGAUUUUCCUAAAAUGAAAGAAGGUUUCACUGUCAUCUCCCUAUUCUAUGUUGUCUCUGAGAUCAAAUAUAAAAUCCUCUUUUUGGAUUCAAAACUCUUUAAAACCUAGCCCUUGAAAGGGAUCCACAUGUACAAAAAUGUCAGUCCUUUCUGUAGUGUCAAGAAACUGGAAACUGAGUGGAUGCCCAUCAGUUGGAGAGUGGAAGAAUAAGUUAUAGUAUGUGAAUGUUAUGGAAUAUUAUUAUUGUUCUGUAAGAAAGUAGCAGCAGGAUGAUUUCAGAGAGGCCUGGAGAGACUUACAUGAGCUGAUGCUAAGUGAAAUGAGCAGAAUCAGGAGAUCAUUGUAAAUGGUAACAACAGAUUAUAUGAGAAUCAAUUCUGAUGGACAUGGCUCUUUCCAGUAACGAGAAGUUUCAGGCCAGUUACAGUGAUCUUGUAAUGAUGAGAGUCAUCUACACCCAGAGAGAGAAUUGUGGGAAUUAUGUGGAUCACAACAUUGCAUUUUCAUUCUUUUUGUUUGGGUUUGCUUAAAUUUUAUUUUCUUUCUCUCUUUUUUUUUUCACUUUUUGAUCUGAUUUUUCUUGUGCAGCAAGAUAAUUGUAUAAAUAUGUAUGUCUGUAUUGGAUUUAACAUAUAUUUUUACCACGUUUAACAUAUAUUGUAUUAUAUGCCAUCUAAAGAGGAGGGGGAAAUUUGGAACAAAAGAUUUUUCAAAGGUCAGUGUUGAAAAAUUAUUCUUGUAUAUGUUUUGAAAAUAAAAAACUUCAAUAAAAAAUGUCAAAAAAUAAAAAAAUACAACCUGGUCCCUUCCUCCCUUUCUAAUCUUCUCAUAUUGUACUCCUACCCCUACCUUACACAUGUUAUAAUCCAGCAACUCUGAUCUCCUUGCUAUUUCUCUCAUAAGAUAUUUCAUUUCUAGACUCUAGGUGCUUUCUUCGACUCCCUCCCAUGCCUAUAAUGUUCUUUUUCCUCCUCUCUACCUCCUGGAUUCCAUGUCUUCAUUCAAAUCUCAGCUAAAAUUCACCAUCUACAAGAAGCCUUUCCAAAUCAGCUUUAAUGUUAGUAGCUUCCCUCUGUUAAUUAGUCCCAGUUUAACCUGUAUAUAGUUUGUUUGUACAUAAUUGUGUGUAUCUCUCCCACUAGACUUGUGAGCUCCUUGAAAGAACGGACUAUUUUUUGCCUUCUUUGUACCCUCAGUACUUAGCAUGGUAUGCAGCACAUAGUAAGUAGUUAAUAAGUGUUUAUUGACUUAUAUAGAGAAUUUUAUCAGUUCAUAAGCUAAUGCCCAUAAAUGAUGCAAAAAAUAUGUCAUUCUUAGUCCCUCUUCCUCUUUUUCUGUCAUUGCCACUUCAGAAGCAAAAAGCAAAGGAUCAUUUUGUAUUUUUCAUGUAAUGGCAGAGCCAUUGAAUUAAUCUACUAAUGUCCAGCCCAACAAAGCUGACAAAUUGGUUCUCAGAUUAUGUUUGAAUCUUUUCUAACAUGGCAGACCGUCUCAGAACUUGUGCUGCCCUUACCAAUUCUUCAUAAGCUCAAAAAUACUUUGAUGCCAUAAUGAGCUACCAAAGUAGGAUGUAAUACAGACUUUAUAGUCACAAUUAUGUUAUUAACCCUUUAUAAUAUCUUUGAGCUUAUGAAUCACAUUGUGAACUUCAGAGAUUAAGAGGAUUCAUUCAGUAUAUACACCAGCAUUCAAGAACUCCGAUUAAUAUACAGAAAAUUCAGCCACAUAGUCAGUGUUGGAAGGAUCUUCCCAGGAGUCAUUUUGUCCAUUUUUUGGGACAAGAUGCUAAUCUGCAUUCUGACAGAAUCCAGCAAACCUGUUAGCAACAAUAUCAUGAGAGUUUAAAAAGAGGCCUUUAGAGGUUAUGUGAUAUGAUAAUUAGAGGCAGAAUUUAUUGGUAUAAGGAACUACUUAAGGAGGAAAGCCCUCUGUGAAUGCAGAUUGGUGCCAUCUCAACAACUUAUAUUCCUAAAGAGUUGUUUUCUCUCUCCUUGUCUAGGAAACACUCUCUUCUUUCCCCUUCACAGAAUUUCUCUCUUAAGACUUAUCUCAAUGACCACUCUAUUCAUGAAGUCUUUCCUAAUCCAACCAACUACUAGUGUCUG